UCUCCUGUAACGACCUGACGGAAGUGACCCUGGUACAGUUUGUGAAGACCCUUACAGUGAACACUUCACUGAAAAUGGUGCAUCUUGGAACGAUCGCUUUCUCUGGCGAGGUUGACGAAGAGAUUGCUCAGGUUAUCAGAGCUAUCCACCAGUGUUACCACAGAAUCUCUACAAAGUGGAACACCCUCGCGCUGAACGAGUUGGCACGUCUCCUUUCGCUCAACUACGGCGACGUCAAAAAGAUCUACAUCUGGUUCGUCGAGGAGACACCCAUAUUGCGGGUGAUCUCAGCACUAGAAUCAAACUGUCACGUCACGGAAGUGCAUAUCGAAAGAGCUGAUUACGCGACGCCCGGACGCGAGAUGGUUAAAGUUCUUGCGCAACUUAUCGAAAAGACCAGGUCCCUCAAGUUUCUCCGCUGCACAUGCCCUUUUGACGCUGACGCUACUUUCAUCAAGGGCCUUACAAACAACGACACGAUCAACCGUGUCGAGCUCCUGGCCGCAUGUUUUACUACGGAAGUCGCCCGAGCGUUCGCAGCCAUGCUCGAAGCGAACACGACACUGCACGCCUUUGUCACGCAGUUCUCUUGUUACGAAGCAGGGGCGAUCAAAGUGAUUGCGAGGCACUUCCCCAAGAACUACACGCUCACCACAUUCUGGGGGGAUUCGGUGGGUUGUAACUCACGAGCACUGUGCCAGAUUUCCGACGUGCUCCGGAGAAACGAGCUGCUCCUCAAUCGUGCCACGAGGUUUGCGCUGGGCACCUGCAGGGACUGUGAUUGCAGAGAAGCAUUUCGGAUACUCUGGAGGUGCGAUUCCGUGGUGCAGCAAGUUAAGCGUGUCGCAGAGUGUACGGAAGAAGAGGCGAGGCAGUGUGUAGAAGAGGCGAAACUGCUGUUUCUGUAGAGAGGGUCUCUGCUUCCUUACGCAGCGCUUGCUGGUGCUUAUACAAAACGACUCCGUGCUACGUAGGACAGACGUAAAGUUCUUUUUUUUUUUCUUUCAUCAGUGCAGCAUGGGAGCAGUCACAUGCCAAACAAGAAUCAUAGCUCUCACUUCUUGGAGCUUCCGUGCUUUCGGUUUUAAUCGAGAAACAUGGAAUACAGAGGAGCAUUCAAAGACCCAUGACAGAUAAAUUGCUGCAUAUGCCAGGCUUGCCAACAUGACCUUUUGUCCCGGAUCGGGUGCGCUGGUCGGAAUCUCAUUCUUCUGCCAUUGUAGGUGCCCCAACGCGCCUGUGAACCUUUUAGGGAUAUGACGUCACGUAGAAUCUCGGUCACGGGGGGGGG